AUGGCUGAAUCAAUGAAUGCAAGCUAUAAGUUUCCUAAUAUUCCAUUUAAUUCUUCAACAAGUUUUCAUUCUACUGCUGAAGGUAAAGUGUGGACAAGAUUAUUAAUUCACCUAUGUUGGUGGUUACACGAUAUGUACGAAAUUGAUGGUGCCGAUUCAAAAUUUGAUUAUAUUGAGAAAAAAAUUGAUGGCUGCCGAACAUUGUUUCCUGGAGAAUUCAAAUUAAUGUUCUCAGAUACGCAUGUUUCUCCAGCCGAGCAACAUCCACUAUUGAUUUGUCGUCAAGACGAACAAAAAAUUAUUAUUCUUGUAUUUCGUGCGACUAUUUCAUCCAAAUCAAUCCAAGACGUUUUUACAGAUGCAAGUAUCUACUCGAAUCACCAAGUUUAUCUUGGUGCUCGACACGCAGGUUUUGCCAAACGAGCUGAAUCAGCUCCACUGAUUGCUGUCACGAAUUGGCUGCGUCGUGGAUGGAAAAUAAUUAUUACCGGGCAUUCUCUUGGCGGUGCUGUCAGUCAGUUGUUUACUGCACAAGUCAUUAGUAAUCUUGUUGAAGCUGGCUUAUUACCUGAAAUGGUUUCAUUGCGCUGUAUCACCUUUGGAACACCUCAAUGUGCCGAUUAUCAUUUCUGGAGCAGUUAUACAGACUGGUAUGGUGUGUUCGACACCUAUAUUUAUCAAUACGAUGCUAUUUUUCGUUUGGCUACAUUUGGAGCGGAUCUCGGAAUAAAAGCAUUUGGCAAAGUGAUCGGCUACAAAAAUGAAGAUUUGACAAGCAUUUUUGUUAAAGCUACCGAUCAAAUUUGUGAUUUCUGCCACGAUGCUCUACUUCCUGCUUAUUCAAUUUUUGGGCGCCAUCAUUUUAUUCGUAAAGAUAAAAAAAGUGAACUUAAAAUUGAUUCUGUUGGUGAACGAGCAGAUGAAAAAGAACAAUUAUUGAAGAAUUUAGCCGUAGGACGUCAUUGGUAUGAUUAUUUAAUCGAGAGAAAAUUGAUCCCUAACAAGUUCACAUUUGUUUAUCGUGAGUUUAUGGAGCAUGGAUGCUACCCAUUCGCUAUUAAUCAACUAUUCAAUCGAGAAGCAACACCGCGUUUGAGCACUGGUCACUCAAUGAAACAAAAAGUGCUUCGAAUAGAAGCCAAGAACAAUCGAGGCAAACGUAGUUCAGCUGCUGAUUCAGUCUCUAACAUAAAUGCUAUUGUCAAUCUAACCGACGAAAGUAGUUUAUCUCGUAUUUACUUUCAAGGAUUUUUAGUCGACUUUAUUAUUGCUGUCAAGUUACCAAAUCAAUUGGCAGAAUCUGAACAGUCAAGAGAAAUAACACCCGUGUUAUCGCAAGAAAAACCCGACGUAUGUACAGUUUUAUAUCGCAAAUCAGAUGCAUCAACCAAAUAUCUUCGAGAGAACUCAUCAUUUGAAGUUAAUGUCAGAACUUAUUUUGGCUCUUUCAAUAUAAAAGUUGCUGUUCUGACAAAUUUCCACCCAGAAAUGCCAUCCGUUUAUCAACUUGAUCCAAUAGCAACUGUUUUUCGAGCCUAUGGUGAAUUCGUACUAGAUGCUAGUUCUACUGAACAGAUUGAUUCACCAUUAUCUCGAUGUUUCCGUUCGCUCUUCGCCGCAUUUGAUGACAUUGGUCAUAUCGGAUUUGAUGCUAUCAUGGCUAGAUAUCUUGUCGAAAAGCAGUCUCGUAAUCUGUGUUCUGAUGCCAUCAGAGAUUUACCUAGGCAGCCUGCGUUGAACGAAAACGAUACAGUUGAAAACUAUUUUGACACAGAGUUAACCAUGUUAAAACAAACAGCUGAAAAUAAUAAGGAUUCUGAACAAGGCAAACAUGCCUUAUUUUUAUAUGAGGCUUUACUUCGUGAACUUGAGAAAACAAUAUCAUCGCCGACACAUACAACGGAUGAAGACUCUACUCAAGGACCGGAAUUAGUGCCUUUACAUUUGAAUUUCAUUCAGCUUCACCGGCACCUACAAGAUUUACAUACUGAUUUUAAUGUUUGUACUGUUCAAGAAAAGCUUAAAGCGAUACUCGCGCCGUUCAUCUUUAUCAUAAUUAAAUUGGAACGAUUGGAGUUCAUUGAACGUUGGACCUUCGGAGAUCAUGUAGCUUUUGUCAGAGAUGUUCAUUCAAGGAUUUUCAGGUGGAUAGACAACCAUUGGUAUGUGCGUUUACCAACGGAUGUUUUCUUGGGUUUCGCGAAACCACUAGUAUAUGUAUUGUGCUAUUAUCCCUCUGCUGUUGGGAUUGGUGGUGCUAGGUACGGACUUCUCAAUGAUUACAAAAAGACUCUGAAGUCACUCAAGCACAUUUCUGCCUCAUUAUUAGUAUCAACUGGUGAAGUCGUUCAUGAAAAUGAAAAUGAAUGGCAAAUAUUAAAUCGAGUUGCAGAAUGUGAUUGGUCGCGAAAGCUGACACAAGCAAAAUCGUCUCAAGAACAACACACAAUGUGGGCUCAAACAUUUACAAGCGAACCACUAAAAGAAAUUCCUAGCGAGUAUCAAUGUAAAUUCAUCAGCGUGAUUCAAAUGUGCUGUCAGUUGUCUACAAUGAGAGAAAUAUUGGCUGGACAACCACCGAAGGUCGUUAUCACAGGGCAAUCUCAAACGGGCAAAUCCACACUAUUCGAAUAUCUAACAGGACGUAAUUUGAAGGAACUUUGCGAUGUCACUAAUUUCAACACUCGAAUGUCACUCCAAUGUCCAGCUUUUAUAAAAUUGGACGACGAGCCAAAUGAUGGAACGCUCUCUGAUGGCUCAGUGCUACCGAUUCAUCUUGUUGACAGUCCUGGUGAUGAUGAUGCAACUGGUCAAUCUGGAACUUUGUUGGAUCUGUCACUACAUGCAGCAAAUUUGUUUAUCUUAGUGACAGCAUUGACAGAUGUUAAUCAAAAGCACACAAUAGCACUACUGAAUAAAAUUUUGAAGGAUACCCGAGUCAAAAUAUUAGUUUUAAUCAACAAAGUUGAUCUUCGAUUGAAGGAAGAGUGGAAAAAAAUUAGAAAGGGAUAUUCAUAUAGGAGACAAGAUAGCGAUGACGAGGACACAGACAAUCACGAGUUGGAUCAAGUAUUCAGUCUAUGCAAAACAUUAGAUGAAAUGGUUAAACGUCCUCGAGAAGAAUUAAUCGAUGGAUUAGAAGUCGAUCGUACUGUGGUUAACAAUCGCGUUACAUUUCAAACUGUUAUUUUAACAGGUUUUAACGAAUUCUACAAGACAUUUGACGAACCAGGCUUUCGUGAAAAAGUACAUAAAUCAAAUGUCAACAAGUGGAUAAAACAAAAUCUUAUUAAUUCCACAGAUUAA